AUGCCCAAGAACAAGGAUGGCGACAUAGUAGAAGUACCUCCAAAGGAUGAGGAGGAACUAAUGUUGGAGAAAUUGGUGUUUGGAGACCUUGCCGGCUUGGAAAGCAAUUUGAGAAAAGUCGAUAACUUGUAUGAUUUCGAUGAUGAGGAGGAAGUAGUCGGAGAAUUGGAUGAAAGUGGAGACGAUAGUGACGAAUUUGAUAACGUGCAAGAUGAGGACUUGUUUUUUAUUGAUGAGGGAGUACAUGAAAAUGAUAGUGAUCAAAUGGAAGUAGAUGCGAGCUCGGGGGAAAGCGAUGAGGAAGAUUCAGAAGAAGAGAUGAGUGAAGAGGAAGACGCCUGGCGGGAUAGUGAUGAUGAGAAAUUGAAUGUAUCUCUUACUUCAUCUGAUCGUCUCAAGAAAUUGAAAAAGACACCAGAGGAUGACCUUAUAAGCGGAAAAGCCUAUAUGCUUAGGCUACGGUCACAAUUUGAAAAGAUAUAUCCUAGACCGUUGUGGGCCGACCAGGUCGAUCAAGAACGAGAUGAAAAUAGCUCAGAUGAAGAUAUUGUACUCGACGAAGACGAGGGGCAGGACAAUGACCAACAAAAUGGAAAACAAACUGCUGCGUUGUCGAAACUUUUAUCUUCGACCCACCAAUUUGUCAUUACCAAGCAGUUGAAAUUAAUAUCGCCUACAAGAAUUUCAAUAACGAGACUAAAAGAUGCAAACUAUCAAAAGCUAUCCAAAGGUGCAGUCCAGGCUAUAUCUUUCCACCCAACACACCCUAUAUUACUCACAGGGGGAUUUGACAAAACCAUAAGACUUUAUCAAAUUGACGGUAAGACUAACAACUUCAUAACAUCCUACUAUUUGAGAAACUGUCCUAUAAUGAGCUCGCAUUUCUUCCCUCAAGCAGACAGGAAUAUAAUAUAUGCCGCCGGAAGAAGAAAGUACAUGAACAAGAUCAAUUUGAACACGGGCGAGAUUGAGAAAAUCAGUCGUAUGUACGGCCACGAGCAGGUACAAAAGUCAUUUGAGAGCUUCAAAAUCAGUCCCCAGGGCUCAUUUAUCGGAUUGAUUGGGAAUUCGGGGUGGUUCAAUUUGGUAAAUGGUACAACAGGGCAAUGGAUCAAGGGGUUCAAAAUUGAGGGAACUGUAGUUGAUUUUGAUUUUGGGUUUGAUGAAUCGUUUGUCGUGGUUGUCAAUUCGGCCGGUGAUGUUUGGGAGUUUGAGUUGAAGGGCAAGUUAUCUUCGAAAUCUGAAACCAGAAUCUUGCGUAAAUGGUCCGACGAUGGUGGUAUUGGAAUUACUAAAAUCAAACUAGGAGGAAGAAAUAGCAGUAGAUGGUUGGCUAUUGGUUCCAACACCGGUGUCGUUAACCUUUAUGACCGGGAAAAUUUUGACACAAAUGCCCAGCCAAAGCCAUUCAAGACAGUGGAAAACUUGGUUACAUCCAUUUCAUCUCUUACUUUCAGCCCUGAUGGGCAACUUUUAGCAAUAGCAUCGAGGGGAAAGAGAGACGCAUUCAAGUUGAUUCACUUGCCAUCGGGUUCAGUGUAUAGCAAUUGGCCAACAAGUGGUACACCUUUGGGAAAAGUCACCAGUGUUGUAUUCUCGCCAAAUAAUGAGAUACUAGCUGUGGGUAACGAGGCAGGAAAGGUGACUCUUUGGAGGUUGAAUCAUUAUUAA